CCCACUGAAGUGGUGACAGCGCCCAGGGGCCCGUUGGGAGCAGCUACAUAAAGAGGAGUGUGUGAUUCCCUGAGGUCCAAGCACUCUCAGCUUCUCCGAGUCUGGACGCAAAAGUUUGUGCUGGUCAACAUGAACGUCGUCAGCCUCCUGUGCUGCCUCAGCCUGCUGCUGGUGGCAGCUGCCGCCCAGAAGCCCAAGCCCUGUGUUGUCCCACCUCUGAUGAGCGGAGGCUUCUCGUACAUGGGUGCCAAUGGUGCCGUCAUGUCCACCGGAAAGAUCAACUAUGACGCUUUUGGUGAGAGGAUGCGUGUCAGAAACUUUGGGAUGGCUGGCAAUCAGACUUUCACUGUGGACCAGCUGAUGCUUUUCAAGCAGAAAGUCUACUAUGAGAUUGACUGGAGCAGAUUCUCUUGCCAGAAGAAGAAGCUGGAUGCCAGCUUCAUUCCCAUGCAGGUCCCCGCUGAUGCUAAUCAUAUGGGUCAAGUGGUCAUAGGCUCCUCGUCUUCCUGGGGAAUGGGUGUGGCAGUUAACACUUGGUAUGGAGCUCUUCCACCUAACGGCAUGUACAUGCAUGUGUUCACUGAGGUUGGCUGCUUCCCCACCACCCUCAUGGCCUUCACACCAGAGUCUGGAUGGAACACCAUCAGCACCUACAACUGGGUACUGGGCACCACAGAUCCCAUGGACUUCCUUCCUCCUUUCUUCUGUGGCAAGUCUCAGCUGGACGAGACGGAGAAACCAGACACUUUCUUCACGGCUUUGGAGUCUCUGGCCAAGCAGUCCGCCAGCAAGCAGUAA